CAAGAAGAACAAAACCCUAAUUUUGAUUCUUCUCGAUUGGUUUAUCUUUUAUGAAACCUCCGUGGCUGGUCUCAAUUUCUCCGCUCAGAGUUUGUCUGGUGAGGUUGGAUCAUGGAUGUGACAGAGCUUGAGGAGAAUCUAUUCGCGGCUAGCGAUGCUAAGUUACAUGGAGAUAUGUGCAAGGAACUAUCUGGAGUUCUAUGCAAGGUACUCUCAAUCUUCCCGUCAUUGGAAGGAGCUAGACCGCGUAGUAAAUCAGGGAUUCAGGCCUUGUGCUCUUUACAUAUUGCACUUGAGAAGGCAAAGAAUAUUCUUCAGCACUGUUCUGAAUGUAGUAAACUUUACUUGGCCAUAACGGGGGAUGCGGUUCUUUUAAAGUUUGAGAAAGCGAAAAUUGCUCUCAUCGACGGUCUUAAACGUGUAGAAGACAUUGUUCCUAGUUCAAUUGGGUCACAGAUUUUGGAAAUUGUUGGUGAACUAGAGAACACCAGGUUCAUGCUUGAUCCAUCGGAGAAGGAAGUCGGUGAUCAGAUCAUUGCAUUGCUCCAACAAGGGAAAAAAUUUGACAACUGUAAUGACAACACCGAGCUUGAAAUUUUCCACCGUGCAGCUACUAGACUCAGUAUCACUUCUUCUAGAGUGGCUCUGGCGGAACGAAGGGCUCUAAAGAAACUCAUUGACAGGGCACGCGCUGAAGAAGACAAGCGUAAGGAAUCAAUUGUGGCUUAUCUUCUGCAUCUUAUGAGAAAAUGCUCCAAGCUAUUCAGAAGUGAGAUUUUGGAUGAGAAUGACUCUCAGGGGUCAUAUCCAUGUUCUCCUACCGUUCAGGGUUUUAAUGAAGAUCGUGGGAGUGGUCAUGGGUUUGGCCGUCAGCUAUCGAGGUUUGGUUCUUUAAACGACAAGCCCAUGAACAGCAUAAAUUCAGGACAGAUGCCCGUUCCACCUGAAGAAUUGAGAUGCCCCAUAUCUUUGCAACUUAUGUGUGAUCCUGUCAUUAUUGCUUCAGGGCAGACUUAUGAACGGGUCUGUAUUGAGAAAUGGUUUAGUGAUGGGCACAAUACUUGCCCAAAGACUCAACAACAGCUCCCACAUCUCUCCUUGACUCCCAAUAACUGUGUUAAAGGUCUUAUUGCGAGCUGGUGUGAACAGAAUGGAACUCAAAUCCCUAGUGGGCCGCCAGAAUCUCAAGACCUCGACUACUGGAGACUAGCUCUCUCUGACUCCGAGUCCACCAAAUCACAGUCAGUCAACAGUAUAGGGUCGUGUAAAUUGAAGGGCAUCAAAAUUGUUCCGUUGGAGGAGAAUGGUACUACUGUUGUCGAGCGACAAAACACAGAAGAAAGUUUUGUGUCUGAUGAUGAUGAUGAUGAGGAUUCUGAUAUACAUGUACUUGAGAGGUAUCAAGAUUUAUUGACUAUCUUAAAUGAAGAGGAGGAUUUAGAGAAAAAAGGCAAGGUUGUAGAAAAGAUCAGGCUAUUGCUGAAGGAUGAUGAAGAGGCCAGGAUCUUCAUGGGAGCCAACGGGUUUGUCGAAGCCUUGUUGCGGUUCUUAGGAUCAGCUGUGGAUGAGAACAAUGCGUCAGCUCAGGAUAGUGGAGCUAUGGCUCUGUUCAAUUUAGCCGUCAACAACAACAGGAACAAAGAGUUGAUGUUAACUUUUGGGGUGAUUCCGCUGCUCGAGAAAAUGAUUUCUUCUUCUGAGUCCCAAGGUUCAGCAACCGCGCUUUAUCUUAAUCUUUCCUGUCUCGAUGAAGCAAAGUCCGUGAUAGGUUCAAGCCAAGCAGUACCUUUCCUUGUCCAACUUCUUCAGAGGGAAAUCGAAACCCAAUGCAAGCUCGAUGCUCUUCACGCCCUCUACAACCUUUCCACAUAUUCCCCCAAUAUCCCUGCUCUCCUUUCAACUAACAUCAUCAAGAGCCUCCAAGGCCUUCUCACAUCAACAGGUGAAAAUUUGUGGACAGAGAAGUCAUUAGCCGUAUUGCUAAAUCUAGCUUCGAGCCAGGAGGGAAAAGAUGAAGCGGUAUCAUCACAGGGCAUGAUCAGCAGUUUAGCAACGGUGCUAGACAUGGGUGACACGACAGAGCAGGAGCAAGCUGUUUCAUGCCUUUUGAUUCUAUGCAAUGGAAGAGAGUCUUGCAUCCAAAUGGUGCUACAAGAAGGUGUGAUACCAUCAUUAGUGUCAAUCUCAGUGAACGGGACACCGCGAGGCAGAGAGAAGUCUCAGAAGCUUCUAAUGCUGUUUAGGGAACAACGGCAGCAACGGGAUCAGCCAUCUCCAAACAGAGAUAAGCCCCCACAAAAGGAACCUCCCAGAAAAUCUCUCUCAGCACCGAUGUCUGUCCAUGGAUCAAAUCCAGCUUCAGCUCCAGUUCCAGACUAUGAACCAAGAUUCUUGUCGAAAUCAAUGUCGAGAAGAAAGUCGUUGGCAAGACCAUUCAGCUUCUUCUGGAAGAAAAGCUACUCGGUUCGCGAGUGAGAAAGAAGAAAUAUCACAUGUACACAACCUUUGUAUGUAAAGCUUUGUUUUUCUUUCUUUGUUACAAGUUACAAAAGUCAUCUCAUAGAGGAUAUGUACAGGUCUCUUUGUGAUUAGUGAUUACACUCGAUUUUUGCUGUUCUUUUGGUUAGCCAAAAAAGAUGUAUAUCAAGG